UUACUCUAAUUGCAUAUGCUCAAUUUGUGCGAACAACAAAGAAUUUAACAGCCAAUGAAUAAUGUUUUGUGUGCGUGCGUGUUGAACAUCGACGGAACAAUCAACUUUUGACGUUGCUCUCGUGAUUUUUCAUUCAAUUUCUCAUGUGAUUGAUUACGAACGGAAGAUUAUUCAUUAUUCACUUUUGAUGAUGAGCUUCGCAACGGACAUCAAAUAUUGAUUGGCAAUUAAUUUUAUCGAGAUCGUUUUAUGAUUGCGUGAACGAUGACUUCUUUUUUCCGUGACGUAGCCAAAGUCCAAACGGAAAUUGAUCCAUUUGUACAGGCAUAACAGUAUGAAAUACUCUAUCGAAAUAGAUUUGCAUCGUUCACAUCCAAUUUUGGCGAGAAAUCUUUUAAAUUAAAGGCUUUUUUUGGAAGAGUAUUUGGAAUAAUUUGAAGAGUAAAAAAUCUCGACGAAAAUGGGGUAAAAAAAGUUAAAGGAAAAUAAAAUAUUUGUUUUCUCUCAUGUUCUCUCAACUAAAAAUAGACGAAUUAAAAAAGACAAAGAAAAAAGACAGUUGGAAAGGGACAAAUGGAGAAUAUUGAAAGAAGAAAACCUGUCAAAAGAGGCAAAAAAACGUCGGAAGCAAAAAAUAUUAUCAGAAAUAUAAUGAGAAAAUAUGGUGUGAAUUUCAAUGGCCUUGUGUCGGAAAUUCAAUCAAAAAUUUUCCCCCAAGUUUAAUUCUCGUGAAACAAAAUGGGAAUAACACGUUAGAAACCGCAAAUCGUUAUUGAUUUGCUUACCUUGGCUGUUCCUCUUCUUCUCUCUAAUCCUGAUGUGUCUCACUUUGGUAACCCAAAUCAAUGUGGAACAACUUUAUCAAACUCCGAAGUCGAACACAUCGAAUGAGCAAGUUUUAUAACAUAAUGAACCUAAUUUUAUCAUGGUCAUGGAAAAUAAAGCGAUGCAAAAUGCAUUUUGUUCAUUGCGACGGAAAAUCGCAUUCGAAAACCAGCACCACCAUCAGUAGCAGCAACAGCAACAGCAGCAGCAGCAGAAAAACGAAGUCAAUUAAACGCUUUACGGAAUUUAUAGCGUUUAUUAAACAGUGUUUGUGAAAACAAAACCUGCCCUAGUUUCUUCCAAUGCAUUCAGAGACCCUUUUAGUCUGAUGUAUAGCGUGUAUUAGUAGCAAUUCGAUAAUUUAUUACAUUGUGUUGUAUGUGUAACGAAAGUACGUGGUAAUGUCGUCACAUAAGAAAAAGCAACAAAUCGCCAACAAGCGGCAAUCCUUUGAACUGGAAUGUCUUUUGCCCAGUACCAACAGACCUUGGAAAAUGGAUAAUGACACAGAAGCACCCAAAGAUCCGGGCGUCCUAAGCCAAAGAUACACCGAACGAGAUUAUGAAGGUCAUCGAGCCCACUCGGUGUUCGUGGGAGUGCACAUGCCAAACAGCCGUAGACAUUCACAUCGCCGACACAAGCAUCAUCACAGAGAUGGCGAUAAAGUUUCCGAAUAUGACCGACCACUGACUCCACCCGCUCAUCGCGUGCAGUUUAUUCUUGGCGAAGAUGUUGAUGACGCUGGUCACGAGUCGCACCCGCUGUUUUCCGAAAUGGAGGAGCUGGUAAAAGAUGGCGAUGAGAUUGAAUGGAAAGAAACGGCACGAUGGGUUAAAUUCGAAGAGGAUGUGGAAGAGGGCGGUGAUCGUUGGUCAAAACCGCAUGUGGCUACAUUAUCAUUACAUUCAUUAUUUGAGCUACGCAGCUUACUGACUAACGGAACAGUUAUGCUGGACAUGGAAGCGAGCAAUCUGGAAGAAAUUGCCGAUUUAGUUUGUGAUAACAUGGUGAACGCUGGCUCACUGCCAUUUGCAAGUAGGGAAAAAGUACGCGAAGCUUUGUUACUUCGACAUCGACAUCAGCACGAACGUGAAGCCAAGAAGAAAGAUAACAUGAGCCGAUUGCCUAUCAUACGGAAUCUUGCUGAAAUUGGACGCAACCAUUCAUCAUCAAAAAUGAUAGACGAUCAACAAAAUGGUGCAAACACCAAGCAAGGCUUAACGCCAUCACCAUCAAACGCAUUUUCACCGGCGAUCACAAAUGCCGACAGCACAAAUGGAAUGAAAUUUUUAAUGGUUCCUGGUCAAAGUGCUCAAAUGGGCAGCUUUUCAUCGGGAGAUGAAAUGGUAAAAAGUCCGAGCAUCAUGUCAAUGCCACGUAAUGCUAGUUCCUCUGAGUUACAAAAUGGUGAUCCGCACAAAGUCAAUACACAUUUUAUGAAAAAAAUCCCGCCUGGUGCCGAGGCCAGCAACAUUCUGGUCGGCGAAGUGGAAUUUUUGGAUAAAACACUGUCUGCAUUUUUGCGGCUAAACAAAGCAUCGAUUAUGGGUGACCUAACUGAGGUUCCGAUUCCAACUAGAUUCCUGUUCAUUUUGCUCGGUCCCGUGGGAAGUCAUGACAGUUUCCAUGAAAUUGGUCGUGCUAUGGCAACUUUGAUGUCCGAUGAAAUAUUUCAUGAGGUUGCCUAUCGAGCUAAGAAACGUGAUCACCUCUUGGCUGCUGUUGAUGAGUUUUUGGACGCUGUCACAGUAUUACCGCCAGGUGAAUGGGAUCCAACCAUUCGAAUUGAACCACCAGCAGCCAUUCCAUCACAAGAAGUACGCAAGCGGCCGCCAGAAAAGCCCAGUGCAAAAGAAGAGCACAAUGAGGAAGACGAGCAACGGUUAAGAGAAAAAUCGGGCUUAGUACGAACGGGUGUCUUAUUUGGUGGUUUAAAAAAUGAUUUGCGACGCAAAGUCCCGUUUUACGUGUCCGAUUUCAAAGAUGCCCUCAGCUCACAGUGCAUUGCAUCGUGGAUAUUUUUAUAUUUCGCCUGUUUGUCGCCAAUCAUCACAUUUGGUGGAUUGCUCGGAGCGGCAACAGGAAACAAUAUGGCGGCCAUGGAGUCUUUAGUAUCAGGUUUUGUAUGUGGCAUAGGAUAUGGCUUCUUCUCUGGACAACCUUUGACUAUUUUGGGCUCUACUGGUCCUGUGUUGGUGUUUGAAACGAUCGUUUUCAAAUUUUGCCUCGUUUUUGAACUGGAUUAUAUGUCAUUCAGAUUUUGGAUCGGCACAUGGAUUACAGUCAUACUCAUCAUCAUGGUUGCUAUUGAUGCGAGCGCUCUGGUGUGCUACAUAACACGUUUCACCGAAGAGAACUUUGCCACGUUGAUUGCUUUCAUUUUUAUCUACAAGGCGGUUGAAAACGUGAUAUCGAUUGGCGAUAAAUAUCCUAUUGAAUCAUCACAUGAGGUGUACGAUUGUGUUUGCCAGUCACCAUACGACAAAAAUGACUUCAGCUGGGCAAAAUACAAUGGCCCCCAAUGCCAUGCACUCAAUGGAACACGUGUCGGUAUGGAUUGCGAUAAGACGGAGCCAGUUCCAAAUGUUUUCCUUAUGUCCACUUUGCUGUUCUUUGGCACAUUCACCACAUCAAUCAUUCUGAAAGAUUUCAAGAAUGCUCUAUUUUUCCCGUCAAAGGUCCGUCAAUUAAUCAGUGAUUUUGCCGUAAUCAUUGCCAUUUUCUCAAUGACCACAUUGGAUUAUUGCGUCGACAUUCCAACACCAAAACUAGAUGUACCGUCUGAAUUUAAGCCAACACUGGGCACGCGUGGAUGGUUAAUCAAUCCAUUUUUAAAUCACUUUUGGUGGUGGAUAAUUGCAUUUUUCCCCGCUCUACUCGGUGUCAUCCUCAUCUUUAUGGACCAACAAAUUACCGCAGUCAUCGUGAAUCGCAAAGAGAAUAAAUUGAAAAAAGGAUGUGGCUAUCAUUUGGAUUUAUUUGUAUUGGCAAUUCUCAUUCAGAUUUGCACCACAUUCGGACUGCCAUGGUUUGUCGCUGCAACGGUAUUGAGUAUAAAUCACGUGAAUUCAUUAAAAUUAGAAUCAGAAUGUGCAGCCCCGGGUGAGAAGCCGCAAUUCUUAGGCGUUCGAGAGCAACGUGUGACCCAUGUGUUAAUCUUCCUCACAAUCGGUUGCUCUGUAUUCCUAACACCACUCUUAAGUCAUAUCCCAAUGCCCGUAUUAUUCGGCGUAUUUUUAUACAUGGGCGCCGCAUCAUUAAAAGGUCUCCAAUUAUUUGAUCGUAUUAUGAUCAUUUUUAUGCCCGUCAAGUAUCAACCAGAUUACUUGUUCUUGAGACAGGUACCAUUGAAACGUGUUCACAUCUUUACACUGAUCCAAUUUGCGUGUCUUGCGGUUUUGUGGGUUAUCAAAUCGUAUUUCUACACAUCAAUUCUGUUCCCGUUGAUGUUGGUGGUAAUGAUUGGCAUUCGAAAGUCAUUGGAUUGCAUGUUUACACACCGCGAAUUGAAAAUUCUCGACGAUAUCAUGCCUGAAAUGACAAGACGUGCAGCUGUUGAAGAUAUGCAUAAUUUAGGGGAAGGAGAACAACAAGACCAACCACCGCCAUAUCCAGGAGAUUUAGAAAUCUCUAAAGCGAAAUUAUCAUUAAUCAUUCCAUCGAAGCCAAUUAAUAUCACCGAAGAGGUAAACAAGACAACCAUUUGGAAGCAAGUAAACGAGGGAAAAAAUGACAACAACUCGAAAGAGCCGACCAAACGGAAGCACAGCCAAAGUUCUUCAUCGGGCGAAAAGAAGGGCGAUCGAAAGAGUUUGAGUCCAACCAGUGAACAGCGCCUAUCAACGAUGGCCGAAGAAGAAGAGCAACAAAACAGUGAACAAACAAAGAAGACCACAGCAAACAAUUUAUCUCAGGUUUAAUUAGAAGCAAACAAACAUUAAAAAAACAGACACGAGCAAAAAAAAUAUCAAUUGAAUUCAUUAUACUAUAAUUGAAACGUUUAUUUCGGUCUUGCUCACUGAGUUGCAUUUGUUUCUCAUUGUUUAUCUUUUCCUAUAUUUUUUGGCUAAUGAUAACGAAAAAAAAACCAAUUGAAUGCUAAAAGUAAUCGCAAUUUAUGAAUAAAAAAAAAUCAAAUUAUUAUGUGCCAAAUGUAAGCAAAUAACAACAAACAAACAAAAAAUUAACAAUGGAUGAAAUGAAUGUCGAUAGAGUUGCUUUUUUUCCUGCACACAUUUUUUGAGUGGCAAAACCAUUUUUUGUUUCAAACGCUUUGCAAAUUGGUCAAUUUAUGGUAAUUAGAUUUUGGGUUGUUUUUAAUUUUAAGCUCAUGUUAAGUCGAGCCCUUUCUUCUAACUAGCAAAAACUAAAUGUGUAAAUUAAUUUAACGUAGCCAGUAUUCUCGUAACCGACUCUAUCAGUUUAUAAAAAUUAUGUAAACAAGCAAAUUAUCUCUCAUUUUGUUGAUCGGAUUUUGAACGAACGAACGAACAAGAAAACAAAUUGUAGUGAAUUAAUAAGUUAUCGUAAUUUUGUGUUGAUUCGAAUAAGUAAGUGCUAGAGAAUGGAUUUUUCCUUUCUUUUUUCUAUGGAAAUGAAAUAAUUUUUGUGUUUUCUUUUUUUAUUUUGCGGUAGCGAAAAUCGAUGAAAUUUUUUUGAAUGUUAAAACGGUUGAUUAUGAAUAGGCAGACGUAUUUGUUAUCGAAAAGUGUUCUUUUUUCUGUUUUGUUUUUCGUCACACACAUACACACAUACAUACACAUCACAUCGAUCCAUUUUUUUUUUGUGAGAAACAAAACAAGAGAAAACUCAUUUGUAGUCAAACAAUUAGUUGCUUGAAAUGGAAUGGAGCUCACACCACUAGGUAAAUUAUAUAUGUCAAUUAUUUUGAUAGCCAGACCUCUAACUGUAUAUCCAUCAAUGUAUAAUGGUAGUUUUCUUAUGAAAAUAACAAUCUUAACGAAACAAACAAAAACAAUACCAUGUAACACACAAACCGAAAUGUAAAAACAAAAACAACAACUAUGAACCCAUUUGGAAACCUCAAUAAAAACAAUACAUUCUGCUGAUUUUAAUGAUAGUAA